CCCCCCGUCCACUGAGAGGCAGAAAUAGAAUCGACACCGACUCGCAAGCUGGAGCCUGCUAGAGGCUACCUGGGGGAUCUUUGUCUUUGUCUCAGGUCUCCGCAAUGAUUCUCACCAAGCGGGCCUCGUUCGAUUUGUCGUCUGACACGGAGAUGACGCGGCGAUCCAAGUUGGCGACGUUCCGGAUGUGCCUCUUGGCCACGGCAACGGCGAUUGGAGGCAGCUUCCAGUUCGGCCUCAACCUCACACUCAUCAACUCGCCCACCAAGGCCGUGCAGGAGUUCAUGAACGCCACGUGGCUGUCUCGCCACGGCGAGGCGGUGAGCCCAGCCGGGCUGCUUCUGCUCUGGUCUCUCGUCGUGGCCGCCUACACGGCUGGGGGCCUUCUGGGGGCCUUGCUGGCGGGGCCCCUCGCAGUCAGGGUGGGCAGACGGAACGGACUGCUCGCCAGCAACGCCUUCACGAUCUCCGCGGCGCUGAUGAUGGGCCUCAGCCGUGCCGUCGAAUCAUUCGAGCUCCUCAUCGCCGGGCGCCUCGUCAUGGGCAUCAACAGCGGUGACUCCUCAGUGCCCUCGUCUGGAAAAAUCGAUUAACGCUGAGCCCUAUCGGUGAUUAACGCUGAGCCCUAUCGGUGAUUAACACUGAGCCCUGUGAGAGUCUCUCACUCAGUGAUUAACACUGAACCCUAUCGGUGAUUAACACUGAACCCUAUCGGUGAUUAACACUGAACCCUAUCGGUGAUCAACACUGAACCCUUAUCGGUGAUUAACGCUGAGCCCUAUCGGUGAUUAACGCUGAGCCCUAUCGGUGAUUAACACUGAACCCUAUCGGUGAUUAACGCUGAGCCCUAUCGGUGAUUAACACUGAACCCUAUCGGUGAUUAACACUGAACCCUAUCGGUGAUUAACACUGAACCCUAUCGGUGAUUAACACUGAACCCUAUCUGUGAUUAACGCUGAGCCCUAUCGGUGAUUAACACUGAACCCUAUCGGUGAUUAACACUGAACCCUAUCGGUGAUUAACACUGAACCCUAUCUGUGAUUAACGCUGAGCCCUAUCGGUGAUUAACACUGAACCCUAUCGGUGAUUAACGCUGAGCCCUAUCUGUGAUUAACGCUGAACCCUAUCAGUGAUUAACACUGAACCCUAUCUGUGAUUAACACUGAACCCUAUCGGUGAUUAACACUGAACCCUAUCUGUGAUUAACACUGAACCCUAUCGGUGAUUAACACUGAACCCUAUCGGUGAUUAACGCUGAGCCCUAUCGGUGAUUAACACUGAGCCCUAUCGGUGAUUAAUGCUGAGCCCUAUCGGUGAUUAACACUGAACCCUAUCGGUGAUUAACACUGAACCCUAUCGGUGAUUAACGCUGAGCCCUAUCUGUGAUUAACACUGAACCCUAUCGGUGAUUAACACUGAACCCUAUCGGUGAUUAACACUGAGCCCUAUCGGUGAUUAACGCUGAGCCCUAUCGGUGAUUAACGCUGAGCCCUAUCGGUGAUUAACACUGAACCCUAUCGGUGAUUAACGCUGAGCCCUAUCUGUGAUUAACACUGAACCCUAUCGGUGAUUAACACUGAACCCUAUCGGUGAUUAACACUGAACCCUAUCGGUGAUUAACACUGAACCCUAUCUGUGAUUAACGCUGAGCCCUAUCGGUGAUUAACGCUGAGCCCUAUCGGUGAUUAACACUGAACCCUAUCGGUGAUUAACACUGAACCCUAUCAGUGAUUAACACUGAACCCUAUCGGUGAUUAACACUGAACCCUAUCU